UGGGCCUGGCGAGCGGACGUGUGAGCGCGUUAAAGACCAAGUCGAAUAUAACGAAAGACAAAUAACGUACGAGAACGACAAACCAAUCGCGAGUGUGAGACUGUGCCAGUGUGCGUGUGUAUGUGUGUGUGCGCGAGCAUGUGCAGCAUUUGAGUUGGCACGUAACGGGCAACGCGUCUUCGAUCCAAUGGCCAAUUGUGCGCCGGCCAGUUGCAGGAUCGAGGCCAGCAGGCUGCUGCUGCUUCUGCUCAUCCUGCAGUUCAUCACGGCGACGCCAGCUGCCCGAAACCCAAAUACAAACAACAACAAUAACAACAACAUUUGGCGACGCGUUCGUCUGGUGACAAGCGUCAGCGCCAGUUCCACACAGGAGCGGGAACGCAAUGCAUAUCAGCUGCUCAAGGCCAACAGCACAACAACCAGCACCACUACCACCAGCACGACUACGACCCCUGCGCCACGGCGUGCUGCUAAACAGCUGCUGCGUCGCGAGGAUCUCAAUGUGCCGGAGGGCAACAUAUCGAGCGCAGCGCGCCUGGAAAUGUCCACUGAGUUCUUUGUGGUGCCCACGCUCAGGUCAAGCACCAGCAGCAGUAGCAACCGCAAUGGCAGCAGUAGCAGCAGCACCACCACUGCAGCCACGCCCACGCGCAGUCAGGGCGCCCGUGCACGGGCUGCCAACACGCCGCGUGCCACACAGGGCGGCAGUGCAACACCGCCCAGCAUUGUGUCCACCACCCAGCUGCCAUUUGCGGGCCUCCGCAAGGAGGUUUGGGUGGUGCCUGUCCUGGUGCUGGCCAGCCUCACCAUGCUCAUGAUGGGCGCCUUUGAGAUCUUUGUGCUGUUCAAAGCAUGGCGCACCUCACCAUCCCGCCGCCAUCUGUUUCUGGGUCAAAUGCUGCUGCUGGGCUUGUUUGCCUGUGCCGGAUUGGGCGCCGUUAUCACGGCACAGCCCACGCUGCUCAGCUGUGGCGCCAUACGCUUUGGCGUAGGCGUGGCCUACGCUUUGGUAUUUGCUGCAUUGCUCGUCAAGUGCGUGUUCCUGAUCAGCCUCAAUGGCGGCGUCUAUUUGCCAGCACCGUACCAAGGCCUAUUGCUGCUCUUCGCGCUGCUCAUCCAGGUGGCCAUCGGUGCGCAGUGGCUGCUGACACAGCCACCAGAGAUUUACACGACCAGUGUGCCGGUGAUGGGCAGCGGUUUUCUAUCCACCACAGUUGCCUCACAGACAAACUACUCGGCGCUUUUCUACCCGACGUCCUACACAACGCUGGACGGCACGCCAGAGAUUUACACGAGAAUUGCGGCAGUGAGCACCGUUCUGAUACCGUUAUGCAAGACGCAAUUCUCGGAGCUGCUCUUUUCAUUGAUCUACAUUGUGUUCCUCAUUGUGUUCAUUGCGGUGCUGGCGAUCAAAUCGCGCGGCAUACGGGACAACUAUCGGGAGGCGACAUACAUUGGGUUGGCCAUCGGUGGCGCCAUUCCCAUCUGGCUGGGCUGGAUGCUGUGCGGCUUGGCGGUUGCUGAGCGGCAUAAAGAUGCUUGCAUUGCAUUUGGAUUGGUGGCGACCUCGGCCACCGUUUUCCUGGUCAUGUUUAUGCCCAAGGGCAGGCAGCUGGCAGCCAUGGGUAAGGAGGGACUCUACGUUGAGGAUCGUGAGGAGCAGUUCAGUUCGCUGAGCCGUGCCGGUUCCGGUUAUUCGCCAUCCUUCUUUCACUUCAAGCCCAUCAAAUAUGGCGUUAUGAGCGGCUGUGGCUUGCCCAAUUCCGCAACGAAUACGGGCCAGGGACUCAGCUCGAAGCACUGCUCCAGUGCCAACAAUGGCGGAGCACAUUUGAGCGCGCACCCGUUCUGUUAUUACCCACCCGCACCACCACCACUACCACCACCGCCCGCACCGCCCACACAACUGGCCACACCGUUGACCCUCAAACAGCUGGGUAACUCGCUUACCUCCAUGACACAGGCGGCGCAGUUGGCCAAAACUCUGCGUUAUGCGCCAGGAAUGUUUAUACGACCCGAUGAAACGAAUCUUUAUACAACGCUGGAGCCGACAUUGAGCAGCAAUCCGAAUGUUUACUUCCAGCGCAGCGGCGCUGUACAUCCGGGCAUAUUGUACUGACUGGAGGAGCAGAGGAAUGCAGAGAAGCACUGGAGCUAUCGAGAACACUGGAACUGAGUAUUUUUUCUUAAUAUUAAGCUGCAGCACAAAGCGCUCCCCGCACACCCCCACACGCCCCUAAUACGGCUCCCAAGGAGCCGCAAUAAGUGAAUAAACGGAAUAAAUAGUGUAAUACAUUUGUCAUAAUUGCUAAGCUUUUAGGUUAUAAGAAAUGGAAUUCGAAUGCUAAGUUGCGAUAUUUGAUAGUUUACUAAGUUUACUUAACAACAUAUGUCAACAGGCACACACACAUACACGCACACACACACAGACUAUUAAGCUAUACAUUUUUGACAAGUUUUUAGUGUAAGCAAUCGAAUUUGAACGAUUAGAGCUCGAAAUGGAUUUACAAUUUGUGCUUCCAUAUAUACAAAUAUAAAAAAUAUAUAAAACACAAUUUUCACCAUUUACACAGGCCAUAUUUGUAUGUACUUACGUUGAUCUAAUCAUAUUGACUAAAGCUGUUCUCAAUAAGUCUGCAAUAAUGGUGAAAAGAUGGCAUAUUGUAGAUAUCGGUUGUAUCAGAAAAUAAUAAGAUUUCUUUUUUUUAUCUUAUAAACUGUGUUGCAAAUCAGAAUAAGUUUUGUCUUACUUGAAUUUAGUUUAAAUAGAUUUAAAUAUUUUUUCAUUAUAUUUGAAUUGACAGUCGAUACCUUUAAUGCGACAAUCAAAUACAAAAGAUACAUAGUUUUUAAAUAAAGUUUAGGACAUUCGAAAUAUGCUAUAUAGAGGCACAAAUAUAACAAAAUUUUAUUGCAAAGAAAGAAGGAUUUUAAUAAGCAAAAUUUGUAUGUCUGCAAAUGCUUUAUUAACGUUCCCUUGAAUAAUACUGACAGAUUUUUAACACACAAUUAUGUUUGGCAAAUAUCAAAAGAUUUAUGCCUCUAUAAGCAAUUAGGCCCGAAUAAUGGGCAACAUUUAAGAAGAAAAACAUUUGUUUAACCAAGUAAACGAUUGUUUAAGCCAACACGAAAUGUUAUGUACAUAAUGCCCACAGGCACACACGAUGAGCAAAUACUCUCAAUAAAAGCAGAUAAAAAACAAAAAA